AAACCUACGACCGAUGAGCCCACCCGCUCCCUUAUCCAAACCGGACGAAACCCCCGAAACCUCCUAUCAACCCCAGAUGACAGACGCAAUUACAGUAGCAGAUCUCUCCUCGUACAUGUCCGCCCCCACUGCGGAGCGGACCGCCAGCGUGGAAGCGUGGAUUUGCAGCCAACUUGACGAUGACGGGUUUCACCAGCUUUGUCAGGAUAUGGAGGGAAUCUGGAGACGGGUCGGGUUCGGGAGAUAACAGAAC